AUGCGCGCUGAACGUCUCUUGAAGGGCUACGAUCCAGGCCAUAGGUUUGCGGUUUGUAUCGGUUUCAGCGAGGUGUGGUAUUCCUCGCCAGCCAACCGGCAUUUGUACUUCAAGGCCUUCAAGGAGCAGUACCUGGCCACAGGCAAGGCAGACUUUUCCGCGUUCCUGUCGACGCACCCUGAGACAAUCUCGCAAACCUUUGGCGAUGAGGCCACGUCUGAAGGGCAGAUGGUGAAGGCGAUGGUGUGGCCCAGCGCUGUGCUCAUGGCCAUCGGCACCUUGGCGCGAUGCGGCAUCAUGAUGAGGGCCGGCGGAAACUCCAUGUGGGGCUGGCUCUUCCACGCUUUCCGCGGUUUGAUGACGCCCUUUGGCCUGCUCAUGGUGCUGCAGACGCCGGUGGUCAGUGGAGCAGGUGCUGGCAACAAGCGAUUUUCCACUCGAGCCAUGGCCCGUUGGCUCUGCGUUGCGCUCCAACUCGCUGUCGUCACCGGCGACAUCCUGCUGGCCGACUUUGAUGGGGAGGCGAGCCACCAGUGGAAGCAGAUGAACGACCCCGUGAUGGGGGGGAGGUCCACUGGAAGCUUCUCAGUGGUCGGCGGCCUUGGAGUUUUCGAGGGUGAAGUGGUGGACGUGCCGUUCCUCCAUGCGCCUGGCUUCAUUAAGGCCUCAGUCGCGGAUAUGAAUCCAUUCGGACGCAUCUUUCCGGACAUCUCUUCCUGCAAGAACAUCGAGCUCACCGUGAAGUCGGACACCGCUUACAAGGGCUACCGCUUCUCCAUCGGCGAUGCGCAUGCACCCGGCGGCAAGUUUCACGCCUACGGCUACAAGGCUGACUUUGAUGCGGGCAAGGUCGGGGAGUUCAACACCGUCACCCUGCCGCUGAAGAGCUUCACAGACUACUGGGACGAUGCGACGGGAGCUGCGAUCAAGACCUGCCAGGAGAACAAGAUCUACUGCCCCGAUGCGAAGACCCUGCAGGAUAUGCGGACCAUGGGCGUGUGGGCAGAAGGAGUGGCAGGCAAAGUGCGCCUGGAGAUCAAAUCCGUGAGGGCCACCGGCUGCGCCGACGUGGAGUAUGUGAUUAUGUGA